GUGGGUGGAAGGCGUCUAUAAGGCUCCACCUCUCCCAGUGUACUUCGCACCUUUGCCUGGUACCUGCACCUUUGCCCGGUAUCUGCACCUUUGACCUCUAUAGGUUUUCGGGUGAAGCCAAAGACGUUGGACAAGGAGGUGCGUGUCCAGCCACGGAGGAUGAGUAUGCCACGCAUUGAUGUGGACAUGGGUUGUGGUGGGGGACAUGUGUCCGUGUUAAACUCCCCAACUCAGGUAUAUCACCCCACCAGCCCACCCUUGGCCUCUCCCCAGGCCUACAACAGCAACAGUAGCAGCAACGGUGCCAACACCGGGGGUACCAUUGGCCCACCCACGCCUAUGUCGGCCCCACCCACGCCCAUGUUUGCUCCACCCACACAUUCAGUCAUCGUGCCUAAUUCAGCGGUUCUUCACCAACAAGGUAGUGUAACAUCACUGUGUGGUGUAGGGGUAUCGAUCGUGGGUAGCGGGGAGAUGGUGGUGGGAAGUGUGGGCACACUUGGCGUGUGCCAUUCUGUGGGGACAGGCACUGGUAAGCAUUAAUGUGAGCACUCCUGUGACGGUUGUAAAGGAUUCUUUCUGUCCCGUCGAAAGAAUCACACUACAAUUUGCAGGUUCAACAGAAGCUGUACAGUGGACAAGGACAAGAGGAACCAGUGUCGCUACUGCAGACUCCGCAAGUGUAUCCGAGCUGGUAUGAAGAAGGAAGCUGUUCAGAAUGAGAGAGAUCGUAUUAGUACGAGGCGUCCCAGCUAUGACGAGUCUGGCAGUCCCACUGGUAUGACACUUACCACUAUCCUCAAUGCUGAGCACCUUUCUCGCCAGUUCUCCCCAGCGAUGGGAGACGUCAGUAUGAUGAACAAGAAGGUGGCAGGAGUGAUGGAUGUGUGUGACAGUAUGAAGCAACAGCUGCUCAUCCUGGUGGAGUGGGCCAAGUAUAUCCCUGCGUUCUGUGACCUUAUCCUUGAUGACCAGGUAGCACUCCUACGAGCCCAUGCUGGAGAACACUUGUUACUGGGUGCUGCCUGGCGUUCCAUGAACAUCCACGACAUGAUACUUCUCGGCAACGACUGUGUCAUCCUCAGAAACUCCUCUGGUUUAAACUUCUUGGAGAUGGAACUUAGUAGAAUUGGUCAGCGUAUGAUGGAUGAGCUCAUCCGGCCACUACGAGGGGUGCAGCUGGAUGAACAUGAGUAUGCCUGCCUCAAAGCUAUUGUCUUCUUUGAUCCUAUUAUUCGAGGUCUUCGUAAUGUGGAGAGAGUGAAGGCUCUGAGGUACCAAGUGCAGCUGCUCUUAGAAGACUACAUCAAUGAUCGACAGUAUGAGUCUCGUGGCAGGUUUGGUGAAAUACUCCUCACACUUCCAGCACUACAGUCAAUAACAUGGCAGAUGAUUGAACAAAUUCAAUUUGCUAAGCUCUUUGGGGUUACUAGAAUUGACAAUCUUCUGCAGGAAAUGCUGUUGGGUGGAGCAAACGGCGAUGCUGUAAAUGGCACGUCCACUGGUGCUGGUGGAUAUGGCGGAGGUGAUGGAGGCAUUGGAAUAGGAGUACCAGCGCCUCCACCAGGCGGUGUGGGACUUCCCAUACCUUUAGGAGCGGCCACAGCAGCAGGUGGAGGGGUAGCCAUGGGUAUGAACACCAAUGCAGAAGCCAUGCGCAUGAUCACCAGUGGGGAAGCCAUGCGCAUGAACACCAGUGGAGAGGCCAUGCAGAUCCCUGCAUCCCUUCAUGGCAAUCAGUGCCUGGCCUCGUAUAACAACAACGAAGGCAGCAACAGUCACUUAGGGGUCAUAACUCGUGAUACAACAAAGGACAACGAACAACCCAGAACAGAGCGAACAUUUAAACAAGAAACUACUGAUUCAAAUUACGAACUGUGAGAAACUUUUUUCAAAAAAACUGCCUUAACAGUGAAAGCCUGGAGAAGACACUGCCAGUUAUGAGUAUUAUUAUACAAUUUCCAGUGAAAAUUAUAAUUUUUAAAUCCUCAGUUUUAUAAUUUAUGCAUGUAAAAUACAGGGCGUUUCAAAAAGAUGGACAUAUGUAAAAUGUAGAUGCAAUGAAAUUAGAUCCAUCUUUUUGACACACCCUGUAUUUGAUAUAGUGGAAAGUUAUUAUAGUGUGCAAGCUUAGUAUUUGUUUGUAUAUAAAAUGUAAAGUAUAUACAGUGGAACCUUGGUACUCGAACAGCUCCCUACUCAAACAAUUCAGUAUUCGAAUGCUUUGUUUGGUAAAAAAAAAUCACUUGGUAGUUGACCACACAAGCAUGACCUGCCAGAACCUCGCUGUACACCAUUUCGCAUUUCUUCGCAGUUUUUGGUGUAUUUUUUUUUUUACAUUAUUUGUAUAGAUAAGUCACCAUGGGGCUUAAGAAGAUUAGUGAUAAUAGCCAACCAAAAAGAAAAUUGGUUGGGAAAAAUUCGUUCUGCACAAGAACAGAUCGGCACUCGGUCUUCUGGAACGAAUUAAGUUCGAGUAUCAAGGUUCCACUGUACUGCAGCUUAAAGCUAGUUUUUAUUUAACUAAUGAGCAAAUAUAAGAAACAUACUCAUAUGGGACCCUGUGGCCUGGCUGGCAAAGCUCUUGCUUAACACACUGAGGGCCCGGGUUCGAUUCCCGGUGGGGUGGAAAUACAGUGGACCCCCGGUUAACGAUAUUUUUUCAUUCCAGAAGUAUGUUCAGGUGCCAGUACUGACCGAAUUUGUUCCCAUAAGAAAUAUUAUGAAGUAGAUUAGUCCAUUUCAGAUCCCCAAACAUACACAUACAAAUGCACUUACAUAAAUACACUUACAUAAUUGGUCGCAUUGGGAGGUGAUCGUUAAGCGGGGGUCCACUGUAUUUCGACACAUUUCCUUACACCUGUUGUCCUGUUCACCUAGCAAGUGGGUACCUGGGAUUUAAUAGACUGGUGUGGGUCACAUCCUGGGGGACAAGAUUGAGGACCCCAGUGGAAAUAAGACAGACAGUCCUCAAUGACAUACUGACUUUCUUGGGUUAUCCUGGAUGGCUAACCCUCCAGGGCUAAAAAUCUGAAUAAAAUCUUAUAUCUUAAGAUCAAUAUGGUAAUAUAUUAAUUUAUUCAUAGGGAAGUGGUAAAGUCAUACAGGUGGAAAGUAUUGUAAAUAAUGUAUAGGGAAAUAGAUUAUAACUUACUGGACACCAUUAAUGGGGGAAGUGGUGUGAAUGCCGAACCUUCAAAAAGAUCAGGGUGGUUGUCUUGAUGUAGAUGAAAGGCUCUUGGUCCAGGAAAGUGGAGCAACCCUUCCUGUACCUUGACUGGCAGCACACACAGCUCACACACUGAGGUCUGUGGUUAGAUCCCUAUACAGUUGGAAACAUUAGGAUGUUUCCUUAAGCACCUGCUGCCUAUGUUUACCUAUCAGGAAAAUAGGUACCUGGGUGUUAGUGAACUGGUGUGGGUUGCAUCCUGGAGACAAAAUUGACUUAAUUUGUAUGAAAUGCUCAACAUAACAAGGGGCUUUCUAUAUAGUAGAAUGUCACUGAUGUCAGCUAUGGUCUGUAUACCUUGUACACAUGCUUGUAUAAAUAAAGAUUAUUAUUAUUAUUACGUAUUAUUAUUAUUAUUAUUAUAAAAACUUCAUUACUUCUCAUUACCCAGAUUAUGGGUUUACCAAUUCUCCAUUAAUUUAAUAAUAAUAAUAAUGAAAUGUAGAAUAUUCAGAUUAAGUAAGGGAAAUGUGUACAGUAAGAGUGAAACCUGGACUAGUGUGUGUAAAUGGCUGUCUACCUACGAGAGAAGACCUACGAGAGAAGACCUACGAGAGAAGACCUACGAGAGAAGACCUACGAGAGAAGACCUGCGAGAGAAGACCUACGAGAGAAGACCUACGAGAGAAGACCUGCGAGAGAAGACCUACGAGAGAAGACCUACGAGAGAAGACCUGCGAGAGAAGACCUACGAGAGAAGACCUACGAGAGAAGACCUGCGAGAGAAGACCUGUGAGAGAAGACCUAGGAGAGAAGACCUACGAGAGAAGACCUACGAGAGAAGACCUGCGAGAGAAGACCUAUGAGAGAAGACCUAGGAGAGAAGACAUGCGAGAGAAGACCUACGAGAGAAGACCUACGAGAGAAGACCUGCGAGAGAAGACCUGUGAGAGAAGACCUAGGAGAGAAGACCUACGAGAGAAGACCUACGAGAGAAGACCUAUGAGAGAAGACCUGCGAGAGAAGACCUGCGAGAGAAGACCUAGGAGAGAAGACCUACGAUAGAACACCUACGAGAGAAGACCUACGAGAGAAGACCUACGAGAGAAGACCUACGAGAGAAGACCUACGAGAGAAGACCUACGAGAGAAGACCUAUGAGAGAAGACCUGCGAGAGAAGACCUGCAAGAGAAGACCUAGGAGAGAAGACCUACGAGAGAAGACCUACGAUAGAAGACCUACGAGAGAAGACCUACGAGAGAAGACCUACGAGAGAAGACCUGCGAGAGAAGACCUAUGAGAGAAGACCUAGGAGAGAAGACCUGCGAGAGAAGACCUACGAGAGAAGA